AUUUCCAGUAUGAGGAGUGUGGCAUCCGUGUGUGGAAAGUGUUCGACAUCGGCCCUGGACGCCUCAUCCCCUACAGUGGUCUUGGCGUUACACCACAAGGAGAUACUGGGUUAAGGGUGAUAAAGCCAUUUGGUCAAGCUACACACAGGGGAAGUGUGGGUGAGAGCGUCAGGGACCAGUCCGAGAUCUACUCUUGCAAAGAGACUGGAUGCGUCCUCACGUUCAAGACCCAAGAAGAGGCAGACAACCAUAUGGACACAGGCAAGCACCGUCUUGAGGUGGACUGCGAGUCCAUGUAUGACCGCGUUAGGAGGAAAUGGGCGGGAAUUACGACAGGGGUGACGUUUGCUCCGGAUGUGCUAUCAACCUCAUCGCAAGGUGAGGAUAGUGGCAACGCUGUCAGAGGAUAUGACCCUAGACCAUUGGGGUGGGCUCUGAAGAUAACAGAACGACCCACCAAAAUGACUGAUAACGUCAAGACCUUCUUGAUGAUGAAAUUUGAACAGGGUGUAAGAACUGGAAACAAGGCCGAUUCUGUGCAGGUAGCGAGGGAGAUGAAGACCCUCAGAAAUGAAGACGGAGAGCUCACGUUUAAACCUGAAGAGUGGAGGACUGCGCAGCAAAUCAGCAGCCUGUUUUCACAUCAGACAGCGGCGCUGAGUCAUAGGGGUAUUAAUGCGAAGGAAAUCCCUGAGGAAGACAUCGAGGCCGCAGAGUCGGAAAUGGCCUUUGACACCCUUAGAAGUUUGGGGAUGGAUGUUAUGGGUAAACCAAGCCAUCCAAUCAUCGUGGGUGUUAGCAAUAUCUGCGAACUUGUAAAGACCAAGAACCUGGACUCACUCAAACUGGCAGUUCUGAAAGGAAUCUGCAAUCAGCUACACUUGACGACAAGUGGACCGCUGUCAAGAAAAAAGACUCUUUGAGGCCAUUGAAAAAUUUUCUGAGAGUUGCGCAUGUUUUCAAAAAUAACGUCACAUGGUUUAGUAGGGAGGAUCUCUUUGCUUCUACCCCAUCUUCUCUAUUGGGGCCUUUUAGAUAGGUGCAGGGAGACCAUUACAUAACAGGGUUUAUACUUACUUGUAAAAUUGUGAGCAAUAUAAGACUGAAAACUGAAUGAAUGCUAUGGUAAACGGAGUAAAACGAAGACUGCAAGGAUUUUUAUGUAUUGCUUAACGCCAGCUGUCCGUUGCCAUGCUUAAAUGCUAUCCUGAAUAAAACCAAUCCGGGUUUUCUUCUUCGACGAAAAAGCUGUGUUUCAAGAAAUAGGAGGAAGAUUUCAGCAGCAAUGAAUACGGAUUGAUCAGCUUUAGUAACGUUUUGUCACUUUCCCAGCCAGGAAUCUAUUACGUAACAGUGUAUUAAGUUUCGAAUCGCUAAUUUGCACAGCCAUGUUACUUAAUGUUCGAAUUACAUUUCCUUCUCCACCGAAUUGACUGUCAUUUCGGCAACUUGUUUGCCUUCCAUCACACGUGGUGAAAAAAUAAUUCUGGUAGUC